AGUAUUGUGGAGUUUCCGCGCUCGCUGCUCUUCGCUCUUGUAUCCCUCUUUUAGCUCGAAUCGCCGGAGCUUCUUUGGAGGUUUUCAGGCGGCAUCAUGGCUUCCGCUUCCAGAGAACUUGUUUUAAUUAGCUCACGACUAUGCAUUUUUUGUUCUCGUUGGAUCGUUCUCCUACUUCUUUUGGUUUUGGUGGCUCAGGCGAGCGCAGCUUCGAGGGAUAUCCGUGGGAGUGGGAAGUCCUCGGUGUUUUCGCUUUUCAAUCUGAAAACGAAAAGUAAAUUUUGGAGUGAAUCUGUGAUUCGUACUGAUUUUGAUGAUUUGGAAGGCUCAGUGCCCUCAGGCCGUGGGAAAAUGGAGGCAGCUAACUACACCAAGGCAGGGAACAUUGCAAAUUAUUUGAAGAUAUCAGAGGUUGAUUCCAUAUAUCUUCCUGUUCCCAUCAACUUUAUUUUUAUAGGAUUUGAAGGCAAAGGAAAUCAUGAGUUUAUGCUGGGUCCAGAAGAGAUGUCACAAUGGUUUACUAAAAUAGAUCACAUGUUUGAGCAUACCCGGAUUCCUCCUAUCGGAGAAAUUCUAACUCCAUUUUACAAGACCAGUGUCGAAAAAUCCCAGCGUUAUCAUCUACCUUUAGUCAGUCACGUAAAUUACAACUUUUCUGUUCAUGCCAUACAAAUGGGAGAGAAGGUUACUUCUGUUUUUGAACAAGCUGUAGCAGCUUUGUCACGAAAGGAAGUUAUGUUAGAUUCAAGAGCAGACGAAGAAGUUUUUUGGCAAGUGGACAUUGAUAGAAUGGGAUACAUCUUUACAACUCUUAUUAAUUAUCUCAAGAUAGACGAUGCAUACAAUAUUUUCAUACUGAAUCCCAAUUACAACAACAGAAGACUCCAUUAUGGCUAUCGGAGAGGCUUGUCUGAAUCGGAGAUAAACUUUCUUAAGGAGAAUAAGACACUGCAGGCCAAAAUUCUUCAGUCAGAGCAUGUUACAGGGCCGACUCUUGAAAUCGACAAGACUGAUUCAAGGCCAUUGUAUGUGAACCGACCUGCUUCAAAUUUUGUGUGGACUACCACUGAAGAAAUUGACACUGUUGAAUGGUCGAAAAGGUGCUCUGAUGUCCUGACUCAUGUUACUUCAUCAAACGACGGAAAGGAUGAUGUAGAACUUCUUUCCCACAAAGUCAUUCAGAUGCUGCAUGGUAAGAAGGAUGAUUUGAGUGAUCUACUGCUAGAAGGGCUAAAGUUGGGGGAUUUUACAGGUUUCCAAGCUGAGUGUCUCACAGAUACUUGGAUUGGACCAAAUAGGUGGAUGUUUAUUGAUUUGAGUGCUGGACCCUUUUCUUGGGGUCCGGCUGUUGGUGGAGAAGGUGUUCGAACGGAGCUUAGCCUGCCAAAUGUGGGUAAAACCAUAGGUGCUGUUGCAGAAAUAAAGGAAGAUGAAGCUGAAGAUAAGCUACAGGAUGUAAUUCGGGAAAGGUUUUCUUCAUUUGGUGAUGACCACCAUGCCAUUGAUAUUCUUGUAGCAGAGAUUGAUAUUUAUGAACUCUUUUCAUUUAGACAUUGCAAAGGGAGAAGGACAAAGCUUGCGCUCUGUGAAGAGCUUGAAGAAAGGAUGCAUGAUCUGAAAAAUGAACUGGAAGGAUACAAUAGCGAUGGCUCUGAUGAAAGCCAGAAAAGGAAGGCUCUUGAUGCAUUGAAGCGGAUGGAGAAAUGGAACUUGUUCAGAGAUACUCCCGAGGAAUUUCAAAGCUAUACAGUUGCACAUGAUACAUUUCUAGCUCAUCUGGGUGCUACAUUGUGGGGUUUUAUGAGACGUGUUGUUGCACCGUCAAUGGCUGAUGGGGCAUACCAUUACUAUGACAAAAUAUCAUUUCAGAUGUAUUUCAUCUCACAACAGAAAGUGAGAAAUAUGAAGAAGCUACCUGUAAACCUGAAGGCACUUACGGAUGGUCUUUCUUCUUUGGCUGUUGCUUUUCAAAAGGUCAUGUUUAGCCAACACCUGCUGGCACUUUCGGAAGAUCCAGAACUUACUAUGGCCUUUUCAGUUGCUCGACGUGCUGCUGCAGUUCCACUUCUGCUAGUUAAUGGAACGUAUAGAUUGACCACCCAUGCCUAUUUUGAUUCCUCCAUUUUGCAACGGCAGUUACAGAAACUUAGUGAUCAUGGUUCUCUAAAAGGUACACAUUCAGAUCAUAGAUCUACAUUGGAAGUUCCUAUCUUCUGGUUCAUUCACAAUGAUCCAGUGUUGGUAGAUAAACAUUAUCAAGCAAGGGCACUUUCUGACAUGGUCAUUGUUGUUCAGUCAGAUAAAGCAGUAUGGGAGAGCCACUUGCAAUGCAAUGGGAAAUCAAUUGCUUGGGAUUUAAGGAGACCCAUAAAAGCUGCCAUUGCUGCUACUGCUGAGCAUCUUGCUGGUUUGUUGCCUCUUCACUUGGCAUACAGCCAAGUCCAUGAGACAGCACUUGAGGACUGGACCUGGUCUGUGGGCUGCAGCCCUUUAUCAAUCACCUCUCAGGGCUGGCAUCUUUCACAGUUCCAGACUGAUGCAAUUGCUCGGAGUUAUAUUAUUACUGCUCUUGAGGAGUCCAUACAGACUGUUAAUGCUGUGAUUCACCGCCUAGCACUUGAGCAAACAACUGCACAUGGUUUUAGGUUAUUCAAAUCUCAAGAGAGAGCGAUGGUGGACAAGUUCAACUCAGUUGUCAGUUUAUGGAGAAGAAUUGCAACUAUAUCCAGCGGACUGCGUUAUGGCGAUACAAUGAAACUUCUAUCUUUGCUCGAGGAUUCUUCAAAAGGGUUUGCAGAGCAUGCUAACAACACCAUUGCUUUGCUGCAUCCAGUACAUUGUACUCGUCAAAGAAGAGUCAAUAUAGUGCUGGACCUGACUACAGUUCCUGCAUUUCUGGUUGUUUUUGCGACUCUCUGGUUUGUUUUUCGGCCGAGGAGGCAGAAACCUAAGAUCAAUUGAGGCUUUCAUUGGUUGAGCAGUGCAAGCAGGCUCGCAUGGAGAUGUAGAUGUAUAGAAAGAAUUUUGUGAAAAAAGCAAGUUUAUGACCUUUCGAGCUUGGCUGCUUCUUCUGUUCAAACUAAUUUUAAAAUUUGUCUUAUUGGCAGUGCUGAAUAAUUGCUGGUAAUUUUGCAAAUUCAAGUUAAUGCUUCAUUUAUAAAUGGACUCCAUUUUC